AUGAUCACAGUCGAAGGAGCAACCCGUGUCGCAGCGUUCUUUGUGAUGGAUGGCCGCCCGUCAUACCAUCCGUUCAUCUUGAAGGGGAGUACCGGACUGGCCGAUAUACAAUCCUUAGCGAUCCCGACCACGCUACCGGGCGGUGUGGGUACGACUCCGUCCUGUGUUCAGAAGGUUCGCCUAGAUGAAUCCGAGCUCGUUGAUCGAGUCAAUACUGGGUUGACCAAGCGAUCCAAUCAGCUUACCCAGACAGACUGGGGGGACGACUCUACGGAUCAUGGGUCAUUUUCGAACCUGGUCAACGAGGCGUUGAAGGAAGACGCGGAGUUCGAGGACUGA